CUAUUUGGUACGUAAAAUUCCCAAAUUCCACAAUCCUGAAAAAUUCCUAAAACUCUCUGGCUCAUUUCACUCUGCAAUCUCUCGAUUAAUCCACACCAUCGCCGAGUUUGCUCCCCUUUAGCCAUCAAUUCUCCUCCAUUUUCUUUAUUUCUUCUGUUUCGUAGUCAAAACUUAAACUGCAACCUUAAACGGGCGAUAUAUAUAUAUUUAUUCUCCAUCACCUUGCUUCUUCUGGUAUAUGUACCACUGGAUUAUCUGUUGGAAAGUGGAUUUUCUCAUGAAAGUAGGGAGGUAGCUACCAUUUGGUAAUCAUGAUAAAGAUUGGGGAAAACCAAAAUGCAAUUAGUAAUAUGGUGGAUUGCAGAGAUGCCAUGCCUUGUAAUGAUGGAGUAAAUGAAAAUAUGGUUGAUAUUGUGGAUGAAACGGCACGUAGUAGAGAUAGUGGGAUAGUUGAUACCUCUAAAAGGGCUGUUGUCGGAUUUGAAGGGGAUGCAGAAUUUGAGCCACAUAAUGGCAUCGAAUUUGAGUCACAUGAGGCAGCAUAUUCGUUUUAUCAGGAAUAUGCCAAGUCCAUGGGAUUUACUACCUCAAUUAAAAACAGUAGGCGUUCAAAGAAAUCUAAGGAAUUUAUUGAUGCUAAAUUUGCAUGUUCGAGAUAUGGAGUCACGCCAGAAUCAGACGUGGGUAGCAGUAGAAGAUCAAGUGUGAAAAAGACAGACUGUAAAGCCAGUAUGCAUGUGAAAAGAAGGCCGGAUGGGAAGUGGAUUAUUCAUGAAUUUGUCAAGGAGCAUAAUCAUGAACUUUUGCCAGCCCUUGCUUAUCAUUUUCGAAUCUAUCGGAAUGUAAAAUUGGCUGAAAAGAACAAUAUUGACAUUCUAAAUGCUGUUAGUGAACGGACGAGAAAGAUGUAUGUUGAGAUGUCUAGACAGUCUGGUGGAUAUCAAAAUGUAAACAUGCUUCAGAGUGACGUAAAAAAUCAGUUUGAUAAGGGUAGGCACUUGGUUGUGGAUGAGGGAGAUGCCCAAAUUAUGCUGGAAUAUUUUAAGCGUAUCAAGAAGGAGAACCCUGACUUCUUCUAUGCAAUAGAUUUAAACGAGGAACAACGGUUGAGAAAUUUGUUUUGGGUUGAUGCUAAAAGCAGGAACGACUAUCCAAGUUUCAAUGACGUGGUUUCUUUUGAUACCACUUAUGUGAAAUUCAAUGAGAAAUUACCAUUUGCACCAUUUGUUGGGGUUAACCAUCACUUCCAGUCUAUGUUACUUGGAUGUGCAUUGCUUGCUGAUGAAACUAAGCCCACAUUUGUUUGGCUAAUGAAGACAUGGCUUAGAGCAAUGGGUGGACAAGCUCCCAAAGUUAUAAUUACUGACCAAGACAAAGAAUUGAAGGCUGCGGUCGAAGAGGUCUUCCCAAACACGCGCCAUUGCUUUGCUCUUUGGCAUAUUUUAGAAAAGAUUCCCAAAUCUCUAGCACAUGUAAUUGGGCCACAUGAAAACUUUUUGCCUAAAUUCAACAAAUGCAUUUUCAAAUCUUGGACUGAUGAAGAGUUUGAUAUGCGAUGGUCGAAAAUGAUAACUCGAUUUGAACUCCAAGAUGAUGAGUGGGUUCAAUCAUUGUAUGAAGACCGCAAAAGAUGGGUACCUGCUUUCAUGGACAAUGUCUUUCUUGCUGGAAUGGCUACAAGUCAGCGUUCUGAAAGUAUGAACUCCUUCUUUGAUAAAUAUAUCCAUAAGAAAAUUACUCUGAAAGAGUUUGUGAAACAGUAUGGGGCUAUUCUGCAAAAUAGAUAUGAAGAGGAAGCUGUUGCUGAUUUUGAUACCUGGCAGAAACAGCCAGCACUAAGAUCUCCAUCACCAUGGGAAAAACAGAUGUCAAUUGUUUAUACACAUGCAAUAUUCAAAAGAUUCCAAGUUGAAGUCUUGGGUGUAGUUGGUUGCCAUCCCAAAAGGGAAAAUGAAAAUCAAGGAACUAUACCGUUUAGAGUUCAAGACUGUGAAAAGAAUGAAAAUUUUAUGGUAAUAUGGAAUGAAGAAAUGUCAGAGGUUUCUUGUAGCUGUCGCCUGUUUGAAUACAAAGGUUUUCUUUGUCGGCAUGCAAUGAUUGUUCUCCAAAUGUGUGGUCGCACAAGUAUCCCUCCUCGUUAUAUAUUGAAGAGGUGGACUAAGGAUGCUAAGAGUGGGCAAUCAACAACUGAAGGAACAGACCGAGUGCAAACAAGGGUGCAACGAUACAAUGAUUUGUGCAAACACGCAAUUGAACUGAGUGAGGAAGGAUCAUUGUCUGAAGAGAGUUAUAACAUUGCUUUUUGUGUAUUGGUAGAGGCUUUGAAAAAUUGUGUCAAUGUUAACAACUCUUGUAUCAGUGCGGUAGAAUCUACUGGCCAUGCUCAAGGUCUUCGUGAAGCAGAAGAAAAAAAUCAAGGGAGUCUUGCUUCAAAAUCAAGUAAAAAAAAGAGCACAAACAGGAAACGGAAGGGGCAAUCAGAGCCAGCUCUCAUGUUUGUUGAUACCCAGGACAGCUUGCAGCCAAUGGAGAACCUGAGCUCAGAUGGGAUAACUCUUAAUGGCUACUAUGGUGCACAACAGAAUGUGCAAGGACUGGUACAGUUAAACUUGAUGGAACCACCUCAUGAUGGUUAUUAUGUUAAUCAGCAAAGCAUGCAGGGUCUUGGACAGUUGAACUCUAUGGCACCCGGCCAUGACAGUUUUUUUGGCACUCAACAAAGCAUGCAUGGUCUGGGACAAUUGGAUUAUCGGCCUUCAGCUAGUUUCACUUAUGCUUUGCAGGAUGAGUCCCAAUUGAGGUCAACACAAUUGCAUGGUGGUGUCUCAAGACAUCCAUGAUGAAGAGAACGUUAUGGUACCUGGACUUGCCUCUUGGGACAUUUGACAUUAGAGUCGGGGGGCUGUAUAUAAUAAUAGGAAAAUUGAAUCCACAAUACAGUAUAUUCUCUGUUAUUCACUUCUGCUAAUUUCGUCGAACUCUAAACUAAAAUAUAAGGCAUCCCACAGUUUCCUAUGGGACAUUGUGGGCUGAAAUUUGGGUUGCUUUUGUCUUUGCUAAUUCUGAUAUGCUUCUGCCUAAACGUUCUGGAGAACUAAAGCACGACUUGCAUUUUUACUUGUCGCUUUUAACAGCAAUGACAAUGAUUUGAGAGCAAUUGGAGCAGGCUGGAUUCUUUUCCUAAA